GAGAGUGCAAGAGAGAAGGAGGCUGGAGCUUCCUUAACACCACUUCAAGUUAUCUCGAGAGCCCAGCAGUUGGGCGGCUCGUCGGGGUGGCUUAGGUCUUCAAUUUCCUGGACACCUUUAAGUUUUCCAUGCAUCAAUCAUAAAUCAUUUCUGACGUAGAAUGGAAUCGAGAAGGUGUCUAGUGAAUGGCCGCGAACAUGCUGAUACAGUACAAUGGUCGGUGUUUUAACGAGGCUUAAAGCCAUUGACUACCGCAGCCUCUCUUUCCCCCACCUCCAAAGAUAAAGUGCGUUACGUGGUUAUAAAGAACCCCGCUCCGGUACGGGGUGGUUCUCCCCUUGGCCUUGGCUCCGGGGCUGCUGCCUACCGCCGCUUGCAGUGCACCAGGCUCAGCUCGGAGCUUGUCUGAGUCCCUUCGGCCCCACCGCCGACCCCGCCCGCACGGGUCCAACAGGGCCCGGUGGUUGCCCGCAGAGCGAGGGGGCUUUGUGUGAGUGAAGGCAGUAUAUGACCGACACCGACACAAGGCCCACUCCGUCGCCGUCGUCGUUGCAGAGCGCGGUGCAAGGUGCAGCGGCGGGAGCUCUGAUAACAGCAGCAGCAGCAGUGCCGGGCCACAUGGGGCAUGACCCCGCAGCCCGUGCCUCGCCAGCCCGCGCCGCGCUCCCCGCCGCCCCGGACCUCGCCACGAGUGCCCUUCGUGGAGCCGGUGGCUCUGGUGCGUGCCCUGCCGCCCUCGCCGCCCUGCUCCCCAUCCGAGCUCGGAGGCCAUGCGAUCGCCGUCGAAGUCAACAACACGGCUGAGCAGCAGCAGCAAGGUCGAGGAUUCGUCGCGGACCUCGACGAGGACGGCGUCGACGACGCCAUGGGGCUGGGCGCGGGUGAGAGCGGCGGAGCCCGGAGGCCCGGCCUUAAGAGGACGGCCCUCUCCGAAUCCACCGAGACGCACCACCACCACCAUCAGCACCACCACCGGCACCACUCGGACCCGGACCCUGCCACAGCUACGACCAUCGCCAAGCUGGACGUCCGAGAUGCAGCCGACAGCAUCCUGCACCAGCAGGUGCAUGAGCGCGAGAAGCGGCUGCGACAGCAGCAGCACAGCGACGCGCUCAGGGUCAAGGUGGUGCAGCAGGCGGUGCAGGAGAAGGCCUCCAGGUCGGCACCUCAGCGAGGCCGGUCCGUGACGCUGACAGCCUCCCACAGCCACGCGAGGCCGCAGCGCUGGUCUAUCGGGGAGCCCUCCGAGCUGCUGGCGGGUCUAGCGGUGCGCGCGCCGUGGGACGCCGUGCCCUGCACCUCCCCGCCGUCCGAGGCGUCCGCUGCGAACGGCAUCCCCACCGUGUCCCUGCAAAUUAAGCAGGGCCACGGUCACGGUCACCCACCGGAGCGCUGCACGACAGACAUUGCGCACGAGCGCUGCGGCGAUGAGCCCAUUUUCACCGACCACCUCGUCCGCUUCGUGUACCCGGAGCGCGGCUGCCACGUGCGCGUGCGCGACGAGGGCGUGCAGGCGUCCGGGCCGCCGCCGCUGCAGCUGCGCGUCCUGCCGCAGCACCGGUGCGCGUGCAGUCCGUGCGGGCGCGGCGCGCGCGGCGCCGGUGUCGGGCCGUGCGUGUGGGUGGUGCAGGCGCUGUUCUCGCUGGCCGGCCUGGCCUGCGUCAUCCUGGUCCUCGCGCUGGUGGGCGCGGCCGCCUUCCACGCCACUGAGGGCCCGCAUGAGGAUCUCCAGGUGCGCCAGCUCAAUCGAGAGCAGACGGAGCUCGUCGUGCAACUCGCCACGGACCUCCGCGUCGUGCUCCCGGACGACGCCACCUGGCGCGCCGCCAUCGAGCGCUCCGUGGAGAGCCACGAGCAGAUGGUGCUGCGCGCCGCGGCCGCGGGCUACGGCGAAGGCGGCGCCGGGGAGGGCGGCGCGCGCAUCUGGACCUACCCGGGCGGGCUGCUGUUCGCCGCGUCUUUGCUCACGACCCUGGGUUUCGGUGCACCGGUGCCGCGCACGCCGCUGGGCAGGCUGACCGCCGUCGUGCUGGCCGUGCUGGGCAUCCCCCUCAACGUGGUGCUGGCGCUGCAGCUGGGCCGCCAGCUGUGCGUGCGCUUGCCGCGCCUGCUGCCGCUGCUGUCCGCGUCGCGCCCGCCCGCCGUCCACCCCUCGCCGCCCUCCAAGGGUCGCACGCCCUGCUCCACCUGCUGGUCCGCGCCCGCCAUGCCAGUUGAUCCAGGUGGCGCGCGCUGCGAGGACGGCGCCGGGCUGGGCUUCCGUUGGGCGCCGCUGCUGCUGCCCGUGGGCUCGCUCCUCGUCUACUACGUCCUGGGCAUGGCGCUGUUUGGCGCGGUGCUGGCGCUGCCCGCCUCCGAGUGGGUCGUGUUCCCGCUGUCGCUGACGGCCGCUGGCGGCGUGGCGCGCGUGCCCGGCUGGGUGCGCGUGUGCUACGCCGCCUACCUGGAGGGCGGCGUGCUGCUGGCGGCCGUGGCCGUCGCGCUGCUCCAGGCGCCCGCCACCACCGCCACCACUGACUUUGCCAUGGGGCUCGGCAUCCUGGACCUGGACGAGUACUACUCGGCGUAGUGUGUGCAUGCGUCUGGGCUCGAGUGACGCCAGUUUGUAGAGCUGCGCAACAGGCGGGUGGGUACUCGGCCCUCUCAGCUGUGGGUAGCCUGCUAUUCGUUCCUGGUCCGCGCAGGCUGCCUCACUAGCUCUCGUGAGUGUCUCUGCGCUGGCUUGGUACUCGGUUCGGCUUUAGUGGAAGACUAUGAUAUACCAACUUCUCUCCUCUCCACCUUCGGAGCGGAUCAUGCACACUACCUGCGUGAGACGCAGCUCUAUCAGUUUGGAUAGAAAUAGCUAAUAAAAUAUUUUCAUACUCUUGAGGCUGACUUUAUCAGUCAUGCUGUAAUGCCAUGUAAUUCAAUCAUAUGUACUUCCCUGUUAUUGUAAUAUAUGUUCUUGCAAGUAGGCUCUACCAGCAUGUAAAAGUAUGGCUCAAUGAGAUUUCAUGUCAUAUGUUCAAUAGGUUCAUCACAGAAGACUACCACAUGUGUUGGAUGGAGGAAAGAAAAUUUGUACUCAAAUUUCAUACAAACAUAACAUUUAUUAAGUCUGCGCGCAUAUGUGAUCAACUUUUGAAUUAACAUCCAUAAACCAAUUUUCAUCGGUUAAAAGAAUGACAAAAUAGCACACUAAAUGUAAGCUAAGGAAUGACACCUUUGCCUAAGCUUACAUAAUAACAAUGCUUGUAGUUAUAAAGUAUUACUAUGGCAAUAAUGACUAUUCACUGUCGACAGGAAAUGAUCACACACUUUUGUCAUCAAACAGAGUGUUGAAUAAUAGUAAAUUUUAUACGGUCAAUAUUUUACAUUGUUUCUGAACAUGGGCAUGCACUACAGAUAAAUAUCUACAACUUUGCUA